CAUCUUUUCAACUACAGGCAUUUGGAACGGAUGAAGAUGUCAAAGCCAGCCAGCCAGUCAGAAUCGGAAAGGCAAGAUAUGCACGUGUUCAUCAACCUGAAACCAGUUUGGAAAUCUUCUGCACUAACUCAGCAUAAAGAACGAUAUUGGGAUUUUCAGCACAAAUGUCAUGUCAGUUCUUCUAUACAGGUCAGAAACUUGCACUGCGUAUCACGAAAAAGACUCCCAACAAGUUACAGACUCUUGUCAACAGUUGCCUUCACUGCCUUCAUCCUGAAGAUCAAAUGACCAGAAAGAAUUAUUACCAAGAAACUCUGGCAACAAACCAACCAGGAGCCGAUCGCUCAACAAAUAUGUGGGAGAAAGUGGAGAUGGAUCGGGAAACAUUGAGGAGGCGGCCGAAUGACAUCCCACGCCAGGCCAUUGCUUUAGUGGAAUCCAAAUGGGAAGCGACGAGUGGGUCGUUCCAGUGUGACAAGGAGAUCGUGUGAGGAAGAGAUGAGUUUCGUCAAUCGUGGACCCGGCUGAAGAGGACGGCAUAAUAGAGAAG